GCCCCGUUUGUAUCGGCAAUGAAAGGACAGCGUGCUACUUACAAUUUCAGUAAAACAUAAGUAAAGUGUAAAUUAGCGCCAAUAACUAUCAAAGUAAAGGACGAGCAUAAUUCAAUCUUCAGAAAAGACUCUUAGGACUGCGUCGGGAAGAUGUCUUUGGUUUGUGCAAUCUCCAACGAGGUGCCGGAGCACCCGUGCGUCUCCCCGGUGUCCAACCAGGUGUUCGAGCGCAGGCUCAUCGAGAAGUACAUCGCCGAGAAUGGGACAGACCCAAUGAACGGACAACCCCUGAGCGAGGAGCAGCUCGUAGAUAUCAAAGUGUCCCAUCCUAUUAGACCAAAGGCACCAUCAGCAACAAGCAUUCCUGCCAUUCUCAAGUCUCUUCAAGAUGAGUGGGAUGCUGUUAUGCUCCACAGUUUCACCCUGCGGCAGCAGCUGCAGACUACUCGCCAAGAGCUGUCACACGCCCUCUACCAACAUGAUGCAGCCUGCAGAGUCAUUGCUCGACUCACCAAAGAGGUCACUGCUGCGAGAGAAGCUCUUGCCACACUCAAACCCCAAGCUGGAUUGGUCGCCCCUCAGGCAGUCCCAGCCUCUCAGCCAGCUGCAGCCGGUGCUGCUGGAGAGCCUAUGGAGAUUAGUGAACAGGUGGGAAUGACCCCAGAGAUCAUCCAGAAACUCCAAGACAAAGCUACCAUCCUCACUACAGAAAGAAAGAAGAGAGGAAAAACUGUCCCAGAGGAGCUGGUUAGAGCUGAGGAUCUCAGCAAAUACCGCCAAGUGGCUUCACAUGCUGGUCUGCAUAGUGCCAGUGUCCCUGGUAUUCUGGCUCUGGAUCUGUGUCCCUCAGACACCAACAAAGUCCUCACUGGUGGAGCUGAUAAGAACGUGGUGGUGUUUGACAAGAACGAGGAGCAGAUUGUGGCAACACUUAAGGGUCACACCAAGAAGGUCACCUCUGUCAUUUACCAUCCAUCCCAGUCCGUGGUCUUCUCUGCAUCUCCAGACAACACCAUCCGUGUGUGGUCCGUCACCGGGGGCAACUGUGUCCAGGUGGUGCGUGCCCACGAUGCAGGUGUCACUGGACUCUCUCUACAUGCUACUGGAGACUACCUGCUCAGCUCCUCUGAGGAUCAGUACUGGGCUUUCUCUGAUAUCCAGACUGGUAGAGUCCUCACCAAAGUCACUGAUGAAAGUGCUGGCUGUGCUCUCACCUGUGCUCAAUUCCACCCUGACGGUCUCAUUUUUGGCACUGGGACGGCUGAUUCCCAAAUCAAGAUUUGGGAUCUGAAGGAGCGCACCAACGUGGCCAACUUCCCAGGCCACUCUGGCCCUGUCACCUCCAUUGCUUUCUCUGAGAACGGAUACUAUCUGGCCACAGGUGCUCAGGAUAGCUCUCUGAAACUGUGGGAUCUGAGGAAACUGAAGAACUUCAAGACCAUCACUUUGGACAACAACUAUGAGGUGAAGUCCCUGGUGUUUGACCAGAGUGGUACCUACCUGGCUGUAGGAGGCUCUGACAUCCGUGUCUACAUCUGCAAGCAGUGGUCUGAGGUCCUUAACUUCACAGACCAUACAGGCUUGGUGACAGGAGUGGCCUUUGGAGAGAACGCUCAGUUCCUGACCUCUGCAGGAAUGGACAGAAGUCUCAAAUUUUACAGUUUGUAGAAAAAGGAUAAAUUCAGCAUCAAAGGAGGAGGAUAGGAUGGUCUCUAUGUGUGAGCAGUCACUAUUGUGCACACUGACUUGACAUAGACCUGUAAUUUUUAGAAAAAGCAAAAAAAAAAAAAAAAAAAAAAAAAUCACUGGUAACUUUGCUUCAUUAGUGUUUUUCCUCAUCUUCAGGAAUUGGACAUCCCAUAAACAUUUCUGCUAUAUGAAACCACAGCAGCCAUGGUUGCUUGUUGGCAAUGUUAGUCUGAAGUGUAAAUGAUGUGAAAUGAGAUACAGAAGCCAGUGUAAUGUUCCUGUCUGAUUUGCCAGCAAACAUGAUUUUACUGUAGUAUUUUUCUUUGUGUGUGUGUGUGUGUGGGGGGGGGGGGGGUGCUUGUAAUACUCCAAAGUGUUGUCAUACAUUAUUGGAAUUAUAAUUGAUGUGACCUCAGUCUGCUUUGCUUCUUGAUGUAGCUUCAUUACAGUAUCUUUAGGUUAAGCUUAAAAUACAUAUGUAGUGAUAUCCAGUACAGCUAAGAAGAAAAUGAACAGGUGUGUGAGAUUCAAUUCCCUCUGUGAAAAAUUUAGUCAUUUCUUAACAGCCCCUCAGUUUUUAUUUCCUGUUUCAUUUGUUCCAUUUAGGCUUUUGUCUUUUCCCAAUUGUAUAUUUCUGAUCACUUGCUAUUUUACCUGUUGCAACUCUGCCCUUUUACAAUAAAAUAAAAUAUCUUUUGUAUUGCCAUUCA